AUGGCGUCUCCAAAUGGAGGUGAUGACUUUGAGUCUUCUCUGCUGAGUUUUGAGAAGCUGGAUAGAGCGUCACCAGACCUUUGGCCAGAGCAGUUGCCAGGUGUUGCAGAAUUUGCUGCAUCUUGUAAAAAUCCAAUCACCAAUUCUCCUCCCAAGUGGAUGGCGGAGCUGGAGAGUGAGGAUAUAGAAAUGUUAAAAGAGCUGGGUAGUUUAACCACAGCCAACCUAAUGGAGAAGGUCAAAGGACUACAGAACCUGGCCUACCAGCUGGGCUUAGAGGAGUCCAGGGAAAUGACCCGGGGAAAGUUCCUGAACAUCUUGGAGAGGCCCAAGAAGUGACAGUUUGAAUAAUGCCGUUUUUACAAAACUACAACCAAUUUGGGAUAAUAAGGUGAAACUGAUCCAUGAUUUUAUAAAUACACGCGGAGAAUGUUCACACCACUACAACUAAAGUCACAGAGACUGUUCAAAUAGUGAACGGGGGGAAAUGGUCAUUCACACAGCUGAGGUCUUCUCUGAAGAAUCCAAGGGCUGCAAAAUCAUUUUAUUCUCAUUUGUGUGUGUGUGUGUGUGUGUGCGUGUGUGUGUGUGUGUGCGUGUGUGUGCAUGUGUGUAUAAGUUGUUGUCCUAGAUAUUUGCCUUCACUUUUAUGAAAUUUGCAAAUGUUGAAUUACUGAAAAUUUCACAUUAGCCUGUAGAUAUACCUUGAAUGUAUGUCCCCUAUUUAUUGUUAUUGUUAUUUCUAUUUUAAACAUGAUUCAGAUUUUUGCAGUUUGCAAAGUUAUAUAAUAAAUUUUAAAAU